AUGGAUUCACAAGCAGUCACUUGGUUUGUUUUCUGCGUGAUAUCUGGGUUUGCUUUUUAUUUUGUAGGGAAAUAUGCCCAGUCAAAGAAGGCUAUGCUUUUGAAGCCAGUACCUGAUAUUUAGCCAAGCAGUUCGCAAGAAAACGAUGAAGAGGAGCCAAGUGUCAAUUUAAAAUCGAAGAACAGUUUGUCAUACAAGAAAGAAUUACUGAGGGAGAAGGAAACUAAGAGAAGAAUGGUUGAAGAGUACGAGCAUGAAAUUGCUUACCUCAAAAGCGCUUUAAGUGAAGCAAAGAAAAAUAGCUCGGAAAGAAUUGUAAUUUUUAUUCAGAAAAGGCAAGAAGAGGACAAAGCACUGAUGAAGGAAAUCCACCAAGAAGUUGGGCCAAUUGUGCAAGUAGUUGAAGGGACUGAUUUCAUUUCUGGAGAGAAACUGGAUGAGGAAAUAGACAAAGAACUUAAUAUGGAUAUCUAG